AUGACCGAUUUUCCUCCACCACUAGCCCCUGCGCCUUGGCCGCCGAUUAGCAAAGACAAAGUUUGUUACGGAGCUGCGUUUUUCAACAUCUCUUCGUACGGAAUCUUGGAGAAUUAUGAAACUCCGAGUGUCGUUUUCGGCUAUGCACUGCCUCUUCUCGAGUUGCAAAUCAUUCUCAUCUUCGUUUUCAUCGUCUUAUGUCAUAUGUUUCUCAGAUGUAUUGGCAUACCACAGUUCGUCUCCCACAUGCUUGCUGGUAUGCUUCUGGGACCUAACUUGAUCGAUUUGCUGAAUUUUUCUUCGGACCGGUUAUCGUUGGACGUGGCAUUGGACGGAAACGUAGCGUUGGAAGGUGUGGCCAAGUUCGGGUUAAUAAUGUUCACGUUCUUGAUGGGUGUGAAGACAAACAAAAGAGCGGCGUUUCAAAUCGACAAACGGACGGUUUCCAUUGCGGUUUCGUCCUUUGUCGUGACUAUGGUCACCGGAAUAGCCUUCAGAAACUUCCGUAUCGACAAGAUCGAUCCUCUCUAUAUGCCUCUGAGGCUAGCCCCAACAGAACGCACCGUGAUUGUUGCGGUCAACGCGUUAACGCUGUUACCGGUCGUGACCCAUCUCUUAUAUGAGCUCAAGAUUCCUAACUCAGAGCUCGGUCGCCUCGCUAUUUCAACCGCCGCCGUCAACGAUCUCCUCGGAUUUAUCAAUUUGGUCUGCAUCUCCUACAUAGCAACAUACAGGUACGUAUCGCCCCGAACAGCCAACCGCGACGUAGUGGCAAUGAUCAUCUUAGUUCUUGUGGUUCUAUUCAUCAUCAAGCCUGCGGCUCAACGGAUAGUCGACAUUACCCCAGAAGGGAAACCCGUACGGAGAUUAUACUUAUACGGAACAAUCAUGACCGCAAUCGCUGCGAGCAUUUACACAACAUAUUUCAACCAAAUCUACGUUGUAGGAGCUUUAUUGGUUGGGAUGGCGAUCCCAGACGGUCCGCCUCUGGGAUCAGCGUUAGAGGCCAAGUUCGAAAGUUUGGUUACAAACAUAUUAUUCCCGAUUUCAAUCGCGGUCAUAACCAUGAAAGGUGACAUUUUAAAGGUAUUGUCUGCGUUUGAUGACAUAUCCUUUAACAUAUUUCUGGUGGGUUUUUCAUUGGCCAUGAAAUGGACUGCCUCUUUUGUACCUUGCGUGAUCUGCAAGUUACCUACUAGAGAAUCCAUUAUCCUCGCCACUAUCAUGAACUAUAAGGGUUUUGUUGACCUAUGUUUCUACGAAGCCGCCACAAAAAAACAUAAUUUGUCGCAAGCAACGUACACGUUCUUGAUGAUUUACGUGCUAUUGAACGCGGGCAUUUUGCCUACUAUUGUGAAAGCACUAUACGAUCCAAAGAGGAAGUAUAUAGGAUAUGUCAAGAGAGACAUUAUGCAUCUGAAACCAAACUCGGAUCUCAAGAUUCUAACUUGUUUGCACAAACCGGACAACAUCUCAGGCGCCAUCUCGCUGCUUCAACUGCUUACUUCGCCGCCAAACCACGAGAAUAAAGAUAGAGGAGUCAUUGCGGUCACAGCGUUACACCUUGUGAAACUCGCGGGACGUGCGUUUCCUGUCUUGAUACCGCACGACAAGCGCUCUAAACUGCGGUUGCAUCAAAGCUCUUACAUCCAAACAAUGAUGCUCGCGUUCACCGAGUUUCAACAAGAUAACUGGGGAUCUACGACUGUUAAUUCCUUCACGGCUUACUCUCAUGAGAAUCUAAUGGAUCAAGACAUCUGCAAUCUCGCUUUAGACCACCUGACAUCGAUGAUCAUCAUCCCUUCUGGACGAAAAUGGUCAUCCGAUGGAAUAUAUGAAUCCGACGAUAUGGUGAUUAGACGUGUGAACACUCUUCUCCUCGACCGCGCCCCAUGUUCCAUCGGGGUACUCAAUGACCGAGGAUACCGUAAAGGUAACUUGAAGAACAAGAAAAUAACUAAUGGUACCGUUAAUGUCGGUGUGAUCUUCAUUGGCGGUAAAGAUGACCGCGAGGCGCUUUCGCUUGCGAAAUGGAUGAGACAUAAUCCGCGAGUGUGUCUCACGGUAAUACGGUUUGUGUCUGUUCAGGAACCAGGAAAGUCCAAGAAUUGGGAUUACCUUAUUGAUCAUGAGGUUUUGAAUGAUUUGAAAGAAACAUAUUCCACCGCCGAAAAAUUCACCUAUAAGGAGAAGACAGUCAACGAUGGUCCGGCGGUGGCCACCACCGUCAGAUUGCUGGCGGAAGACAAUGAUUUGAUGAUUGUAGGGAGAGAUCACGACGAUGAGUUACUUGAUUUCUCCGGAUUAAAGGAGUGGAUGGAACUUCCGGAGUUAGGAGUCGUCGGAGAUUUGCUUGCGUCUAAAGAUUUAAGAACUAGGGUUUCUGUUUUAGUAGUUCAACAACAGCAACAACAUGAAUGA